AUGGAUUCAAAAACGGAACAGCAGCUUCUCAAGUGGUUUGAUGAAGUUCCUAGUGGCGAUGAGGCAGUGGAUUCAAAUAGUGACAUCGACGAAGCUCCUUCUGAUCACGUAGAGGAAAAUACUGAUAGUGAACAGUCAGAUGAAAACAAUGUUUCAGAAAUGUUAAAUGUUGCUGACAUGUCUUCUAGGGUACCAAUAAUGGUUGGUAAAAACGGAAUGGAAUGGUUGAAACAUAAACCACAUAAAACAAAAUUAAAAACAGCACAAGCAAAUAUCAUAACUAAAUUGCCGGGUGUCAGGCCAAUUGCUAAAAAUGCCACCACAAUUUUGGAUUGCUGGAAGCUAUUCUUCUCCGAUGAAGUUAUUCAAGAUAUAGUGAGAUAUACAAAUCAAAAGCUCAGAUCACUACAGUCGCUUUAUAAACGUGAACGGGAUUGCCUUCCUACAGAUUAUGAUAAAAUAAAUGCGUUUAUAGGUGUUCUGUACAUGGCAGGUGUCCUCAGAAGUCAGCAUUUACAUACGUAUAACUUGUGGAGUAGUGAUGGGACUGCGCCUGAAUUUUUCGCUGCUGUGAUGUCCGAAAGACGAUUUCACAUUAUUUUACGGGCUAUAAGGUUUGACGACAGUGACACCAGAGAAGAAAGAAGAGACAUUGACAAUUUGGCUCCAAUACGUGAAUUAUUUGAACAUAUCAAUCAGCGGUGUUCUGCGUGUUAUACUGUGGGAAUUUUUACAACAAUCGAUGAGAUGUUAGAGGGAUUUCGAGGCAGGUGCAAAUUCAGACAAUAUAUCGCCAAUAAACCGGCCAAAUAUGGCAUCAAAAUUUAUUCUUUGGCAGAUGCAAAAAUUUUCUAUACAUACAAUAUGGAAAUUUAUGCAGGUAAACAACCAGAAGGACCCUAUAAUAUACCAAAUGAUGCUAGCAGUGUUGUGAAGCGUCUUAUUGUCCCAAUAAGCAAAUCUGGACGGAAUAUUACGAUGGACAAUUAUUUCACCUCUGUACCCUUAGUGAACGAGUUAUAUACCAAUCAUAAGUUGACAGUUGUUGGAACUCUGCGGAAAAACAAACCCCACAUACCAGCAGAUCUACUUUCUGUGAAAAAUCGACCAGUUUGCAGUAGUGUCUUUGCUUAUGGACAAGGAGACAAUAAAUGUGUGUUAGUUUCAUAUGUUCCACACAAAAAUAAAAACGUUCUCGUACUCUCCUCUUACCAUGACGACGACUCAAUAGAUCCAGAACCGAAGGAUGCCUUCAAACCCGAAAUUAUUACCUUUUACAAUAAAACUAAGGGUGGAGUUGACGUAGUAGAUAGGAUGAAGUCGGAAUAUUCUGUCACCAGAAAAAGUAACAGAUGGCCAUUUACAAUCUUUUGCACAUUGUUAAAUGUUACCACCAUCAAUUCGCAGAUAAUCUAUGCAGCAAAUACACAAAUCAUGCUAAAAAGAAGACAAUAUAUUACCGACUUAGCCAAGCAGCUAACAGCAGCCCACCUACAAAAAAGAGCUUCGAUUUCAACACUGAGCAUUGCAUUACGUCAAAAAAUAUCAAAUAUCUGUGGUCAUAAAAACGUAAUUCCGACAAAAAAACAACAAGGAAAUGCCCAACCUAAACCACGAUGCGAAUAUUGUCCUCUGAGAAAGAAUAGAUUUACACAACAUAGUUGCGCUAACUGUUCGAGUCCAAUCUGUAAGGAACAUACUGCUUCCACAAGAUAUUUGUGUGUCGAGUGCCACGGAAAAAAUGCCUACGAGGAUUCUGAUUCUUAA